CCUUUUCGGUGGUGCGCGAGCCCCGCGGCGGUUUGUGGCCGGUGUGUGUGUGUGUGUAUCUCUUCAGGAGGACGACUUACUUCCAAUUAUCCUCUCGCACACAACGAUUUUUCCUUCCGUUUUCAGCGUCUCCGGGAGCGGAGACCUCCACGGCUUAUCGCGGGACCGUGUCACGGACUUUAUUCGUUGACGAGUUUCUUUUCUGGGGAAUUUAUCGCGUCUCUCAGCGAGCUAAGCUAGGCAUCGAGCUUGCGAGCUAAUACUGGAUUUGCGCAAAUUCUCCGCACACGAAAGUUGCACAGACGACAAAAUAACGGCUUCGCUCCGGAUAAAUCCGCUCGGAGAUAUUUACAAAGUCUCUUCCAGUCCGGACGGCUUGAUAAGAAGAAAAUAAAAGGCCACCGUUACCUCAGCGAAGCUAACGAGCUAAUAUGAAGUUAGCCAGCUAACGCUCUUGUGCGCAAGAAAACACCCUCCGUGCGGAUGGUUUGUAAUGCUUGCAUGAAUUUUGACAGUUGAAAUCUUGCUCACGUCGGGUUAUUUAGGUCUUUAAGCAUUUGUUUUCAUAGUGAAUGACUAUGGGGAGUGGUGGCUUGAUGAUCUGUCCUGCAUAACGUUACUUCAGCCAAACCCACUCACCUUAUCAAUCUUCAUUAAGGUUUAGGAUUUAACACUUUGUGCUCGUUAAUAUAAAAGCCAUUGCUAGUUAAUGUAGAAACGCAUGUCAAACAGACAGUCUUGUUUUUUGGGGGAGGAUAGAUUAGCUGGUCCAACAGGUUAUUAGUAUAUUAGCGUUACUGACUUGUUUUUUGGUCAGGCCUAUGGUUGUGAAGGGGGAUGAGGAUGAAUUGUGUUGGGAACGAGGUGUAACAGGACGAUUUGAGGACUGUCAUCCGAAAACACAGAUUUGUAUGGAAUUGGGCAGCUGGUUUGGCAUCAUGGGGGUCUCGCAAGGGGGCAUGAAGUCGUCCACAUAGUGUCUAACUAGUCAUUUUGACGUUAUGUAGUCGGUCAACAGGAGAGUUUUCUUAGAGUUUUUCGUAUUACUAUGUGCGUUGUUCUCCUGUUAAUUCAUUAAAACCAUUGGAGAAUUGGAGCAACAGGUCAGUCUGGAUCAAGAAACCCUGUCUUUCGUCUCUGGUUGGAGUAGCACUCCCAAGCCAUCCUCAAUGCCUUCAGCGCUGGCCGUGUUCACCUGUCGCCCGAAUUCACACCCGUUUCAGGAACGCCAUGUCUACCUGGAUGAGCCGGUCAAGAUCGGGCGCUCCGUGGCCCGGUGUCGCCCUGCCCAGAACAACGCCACCUUCGACUGCAAGGUGUUGUCCAGGAAUCACGCUCUGGUGUGGUUCGACCACAAGACGGGGAAGUUCUAUCUCCAGGACACGAAAAGCAGCAAUGGCACCUUCAUCAACAGCCAGCGUCUGAGCCGUGGGUCGGAGGAGAGCCCUCCCUGUGAGGUGCUCUCCGGUGACAUCAUUCAGUUUGGGGUGGAUGUGACCGAGAACACACGGAAAGUCACUCAUGGCUGUAUAGUGUCGACCAUCAAGCUCUUCUUACCAGAUGGCAUGGAAGCUCGGCGGCGAUCAGAUGUUGUUCCCGCACCACUGCCACUGGCUAUUGAUAAGGUGUCCGCAAAUACACCCAGUAUGUAUUCUCAGGAACUGUUUCAGCUCUCCCAGUACCUGCAGGAGGCCUUACACAGAGAGCAGAUGCUGGAGCAGAAGUUGGCCACUUUACAGAGGCUGCUGGCCAGCACACAGGAAGCAUCAGAGAGCAGCUGGCAGGCUUUAAUCGAUGAAGACCGGUUACUCUCUAGAUUGGAGGUGAUGGGGAAUCAGUUGCAAGCAUAUUCAAAAAACCAAACAGAAGACAGUAUCCGAAAGGAGCUUGUAGCCUUAACAGAGGACAAACACAAUUAUGAGACGACAGCCAAAGAGUCCCUGAGGCGGGUCCUUCAGGAAAAAAUUGAGGUGGUCAGGAAGCUGUCUGAGGUGGAGAGGAGUUUGAGUAACACAGAAGACGAGUGCACACACCUGAGAGAGAUGAAUGAACGCACACAGGAGGAGCUCCGAGAACUCGCCAACAAAUACAAUGGAGCCGUCAAUGAAAUUAAGGAUCUCACGGAAAAGAUCAAGUUGGCAGAGGGCAAGCAUGAGGAGCUCACUCAAAAAGGCCAGAAUGAAAAGAAAGAGCUACAGCUGAAAAUUGAAGAGAUGGAGGAGAAGGAACAGUCGCUUCAAGCUCGAAUCGAAGCUCUGCAGGCAGACAACGACUUCACGAAUGAAAGACUAACAGCCCUGCAAGUUCGGUUAGAACAGCUGCAGGAGAAAAGCAUAAAGGAAAACAACAGUUUAGACCACUUUCUUUUAAAGAGUGGAGGAGACUGCACUUUAAUCCAACAGUACAUUGAGUGUCAAUCGGUGAGGCAGCUGAAGGAAGCGGUGGACUCGUCCAUAAACAAGCUGUCCAACUUUGACGAAGUUAUUGAUGCGCAUCUUCAGAAUAACCAGACGGCAGUGGACAACAAUUUGGCUAGUCCAGACAGGCUUAAAGAAAACCAAAUAGACGCUAAAGAGUGCGACAUGUCAGAUACUCUCAGCCCCAGCAAGGACAAAAGCAGUGACGACACGUCAGACGGACAGAUGGAUGAACAAGAACUGAACGAGCCCCAGAACAGGGUUUCUCUUCUGAAAGAAAUGGACAGGAACCUGGAAGCUGGAGACACUGAGCAGGUCAUUCCGCACCUCCACCGAGAGCUGCAGGAGGCCCAGGAGCUCGCCAACACUGGUAAACAGAAAUGCCUUGAGCUGCAAGCCCUGCUGGAGGAGGAGAGGAGAACCAACAGACAGCAGACUGAAGAAUCUGCUAAACAGAUCCGCUUCUUACAGACUCAACUAGCGAAGCUCCAGUCUGACAUGGAGGCUUUGCGUGAGCAGAGGGAGAACACUAUCACCACCACCCGCGAGGAGCUCUACAGCGCCCAGGAGGAGAUCCUGGUGCUCCGGCACGCCAUGGAAGCCGCCACCGCCGAGCGGGAGCGAGAGAUCGCCGCCUUGCAGGGAGACCUGAGCGUCGUCACCGCCGAACUGGACAAAUGGAGACAGACGGCAGCCAAGUAUGAAGUGGAGAUCAGCAACCUGCAGGCCAGCUUCCAGCUCCAGAGCCAGCACCAGGAAAGAGCUAGCCAACUCCAAGGUGAAUUAGACAAGCUUCAGGCCGAAUGCUCUAGUUUGCAGAAUGAAUGUGACAGUCUGCGGGCUGAGAAGACAACGCUGAUGCAGAAACUUAAGAGACUAGAGGACGAGCUUGACAGCUCCAGAGAGCAGAGUGCGACGUUGAGUAGCAGCCUAAACGCUCUGGAGAAAUCCCAGGGUGACCUGGCGAAUAAACUGGGCUCAAUACAAGACCAACACCAACAGGACGCUAGCAAACUCAAGAUUCAACUGGCCCAUGCCGAAAGCCGCACCAGAGACUUGCAGAAAGAGUAUGACGACACUCAGAGUCUGCUCUCAGAUCUCCGGCAGCGGUAUGAGCAGACGGAGCAGGAGAAAUGCUCCAUCAACGACGAGCUGGAACAGUGCAAGGUCAACCUCAAACUCCUGCAGGAGAAAGGCAGCAAUCCAUCCAUAUUGCAGCCUGUCCAAGCCAUUUUCAUCGGUCUAUUCCUGGCUUUGCUGUAUUGGUGCUUCGGCCAGUUGUGGUAGAAAGAGCGGAUGGAUGCCCUGGAUGCCGGUGGUUGCCGCCGUGGUGGCCGUGACAGCGGUGGUGCUUUAUCCCAACUUGUCCAAGAGCUCCUCCUGAGAACCAAUCAGAACACUCGUCUCUGCCACUUCCUGUCCCCGGCACGGCCCUCUGUCCAAUACACACACACACAGUCUAAAUCUGAACGUAAUACCUCUCGUUUUUGACAAUACAGCCCCAAUGUCUGUGUAAAAAAUGCAAAUGUAUAUAGUAUAGAAAGAAAGGGUGACUGCAGUUGUAACGCAUAUAAUAGAAUAAACAAUCUAUCAGCAUUUUUGUCACUCGAAUGGGAAUUUUAAUGAUUAAAAUGGCCUAAACUAGGUCUACUGUUUCGUUUUUCUUGAAUGGGUACCACGUUUUUUGUUUUUUGGACUCCAAAUGAAUCUGAACUCUAGGGCACAGAGGGGCGAAGUGCCUACUUAACUAAAUACUACUAGGACUAGUUCACAUUGAAGUGCCACUCGUGCAGCGCGUCAUCAAUUCGAAUGGGAAAAAAAGUCUAAAUUUCACGUCGUCUGUGCUGUUUUUGUGCGUUCGACCCAACAUGCUUCUAGCACAGUGCUGUCGUUGUUCUCUAUGGCUGUUUCUCUUGUAUCAUGUAUUAUAAGCAAAUGUUCAUGUCAGAGACACUACAAGUAUCUAGGUGAUUUUGAAAUUCGACGUUCUUGACAUGUUAGGAUCGCGGUCAGUGUCAAAUGGAAAAUAAAAAAAACAAAAACGUAGCUUUUUACCAACACACUGUCCUGCUGUUUGGAUGGAGAUGGAGCACUUUCUGUACUAAAACUCCUACAGUACCUCCUGAAAAAAGGCUCGGGGAUUUUGCUGCCUUACCUGUAACAUAGGUUUCUUCUUACAGAAUGAAAUUGGAUGCAAAGACUAGGGGAAAAUGGGUGGAAGAGUCACAAAUCUGAAUUAUUUUGCGGGCUGUUGAAAUUUUGGAUGCGCGAGCUGCUUUCGAGACUGCGGGAAGACGAAUUAACCAAUGAUGUGUUUGGUGUGUGGUUCACAUUUGUCUGCUGUGCUGUAAAUAAACAGUCGUGGAGCAAAAAAGCCCAACUCAUCUGGUUCAACGUGUCGAGGACUGUGUUUUUGCAUCUCCUUUUUUUGUUGUCGUUUUACUGGAAAGACACUGCAACAAAAAUCCAUCGAACACUUCGAUAUGGAUUUGACCACGAAUGCAAAAAAGCAAUGCUUGUAGCACAGAAAGGAUAGCUUUAAAACAGCGUUUUUUUGUUCUUUAGACAGCAUGAUGGACUUUCUAAAAUCCGUUCCUUCACGUUGGAAGAAUGCUCACGGGCCGUUUGUAAAUAUGUAUGUAUGAAUGUUUGUGUGUAAAUAUGUUAUAGUCACAAAAUAAACAUUGGAUAUAAAUGAUAUCGCUCACAUCUAAUUUGCUGCCGAAGCCAGUUUUUAGGAUAUGAUGCAUUGGCCUUUUCUCAAGUUCUCUGUUCCAGUUCGUUCCAGUUCGUUUUCGUUUUACAGAUGCGUUUGUACUUUAUUUUCGCAAGUUUUGGAACUCGUUAACAUCGGAACUAAGCUAAAGAUGCAAACGGUGAUGUAAAUUUCAACAGGUCGUAGCUGAACCUAGACUGGUUUUUGUAAGCAUAAGUUUGUAUUUUCUUUUUUCAUUCUCUGUCAGUUCAUAGCGGUGGAAUAGUUUAAAAUCGAAGCUAAAUCUGGGCCUUUGGGAAACUAUCUCUUUAAACUGGUCAACAACUACCAACCAAGUCAGUACAGCACACUGCCUGUAUAUAGUUUUAUUCGUAAAUAUUGUUUUGGAGUUUCACAGUUACACUUUUUGUUUGGAACAUCAAAGAUAGUUCACUGUCAAAAUUCUAUUUUGUAAAGACAGAAUGAUAUAACGGAGUUUCUGGAAUACAGAUAUAAAGGGUAUUUGCACUAACAAGUGUGAUGUGCAUGACUUCAAUAAAACAGAUUCACUUUC